UGUCCUACCAAGCGCAAGAGCAAGCACAAGAGGCUGGACAAGACGGCGGACGCAAUAAGCAACUCGAUUACUAAACUAAACAGCAUCUCUUCUUGCUUAUUCCGCUGCUCACAAACCCACGAGCUGGCCAAACACUCUGUAAUCCACCCCGCCUGCAUUCUCUCUCGGUCUUUCCAAAGUCUUCCCUUUCUUCCAUCUCCAUCCCUUCUCUUCUCUGCAUGCAUUUUCAUCAAACCCAUUUCCUCCUUUCGUCAGAGGUUCACUUUUAACUCUCUGAAUAUUCACUUGGCCCGUUACUUCCUCCAUUUCCAUGGCUCUUUACUCUGCUACUCUCUGCUGCAGAACCGUCCCUUCCCGAAAUUCAGUCAAGUUUGGUCAACCCACUGUCAAACCAUCGGGGUUUUCUUGCCCUCUUUCCCCUCCGAUUGUCCGAUUGAAUGUCAAAGGGAAUGCACACUCUGGUGAUGCGGCGCCUGAAACGAAGGGAUCGCCGCUUGUGGUUUGCUUUGGGGAAAUGCUCAUUGAUUUUGUUCCAACUACCAGUGGGCUUUCCUUGGCUGAAGCUCCUGCUUUUAAAAAAGCUCCAGGAGGUGCCCCUGCUAAUGUUGCUGUAGGCAUAGCUCGUUUAGGUGGCUCGGCAGCUUUUAUCGGGAAGGUUGGAGAGGAUGAAUUCGGUUACAUGCUUGCCAAUAUAUUGAAAGAAAAUAAUGUAAACAAUGAAGGGCUGCGUUUUGACCCUGGUGCACGCACUGCAUUGGCAUUUGUUACUUUGAGGAAGGAUGGAGAAAGAGAGUUCAUGUUUUAUCGUAAUCCUAGUGCUGAUAUGUUGCUUCAAGAAGCUGAACUUGAUUUUGGCUUAAUAAAGAAGGCCAAAAUAUUCCAUUAUGGUUCUAUAAGCCUCAUUACAGAUCCAUGCAAAUCAGCACACAUAGCUGCCACAAAGACUGCGAAAGAUGCAGGUGUAAUUCUGUCUUAUGAUCCUAACCUGAGGCUUCCUUUAUGGUCUUCUGCAGAAAGUGCCAGAGAAGGAAUUCUAAGUAUAUGGGAGGCAGCAGAUAUCGUUAAGAUAAGUGAAGAAGAGAUUUCUUUCCUCACAAAAGGAGAAGAUCCCUAUGAUGAUGCUGUUGUUCGCAAACUAUUCCAUCCAAACCUCAAGUUACUACUUGUUACAGAAGGUCCAGAUGGUUGCAGAUAUUACACCAAGGACUUCAGUGGAAGAGUCAAGGGAUUUAAGGUGGAUGCUGUUGACACUACCGGUGCUGGCGAUGCUUUUGUGGCUGGAAUAUUAUCACAAUUAGCUGUAGAUCUUUCUUUGCUUCAGAAAGAGGAAAAACUGAGAGAUGCCCUAAAGUUUGCUAACGCCUGUGGAGCAUUGACUGUGACAGAGAGAGGUGCAAUACCAGCUUUGCCUACAAAGGAAGCUGUCUUCAAUGCCAUGCUUAAGUCAGUAUCGUAAAUUUACAACCUAAUCUCUCUAAACAAUGAGGCAUUUUCAUUGCUUUUCUGAAAAUUCUUUUGGCACCUACUGGCUUUUCUGAAGUAGAUUAGAACAAUUUUGUUUCAAUAAAAAGCCAGGAAUCAUACUUGUGUCAUAUCACUGAAUAAUGAACUGGACCUGGAUUCCUGAUAGCCUCUGUCAAGAAUUCAUUUCAACAUGGGUUUUGAACUUUUGGUAUAUACCAAAUUGGAGUGCUUCUGUUUGCAUGCAUGUGCAAGUUUAUUCUUACUGAAUAUAUUUGAUGGGGACUAAUGUAAUAUUAAAUGUAAAAUGUCCAAUUAGUGUGA